AUGGAUUUACCUUUCUAUGAGGGUGGUUUUCUGACAGCAAAUGUGGAGUUAGGAAACUUCAUUGACCCACUCAGAAUUAUGGAUUCUGUGUAUAUCAAGUAUCCAAAUGGAAAGGAUGAUGUUAAAUACACCUUAUUACUGUUAGAUUUUGAUGCACCCCGAAGUCAUCACCCUAAUGUGUACAUCAUUGGGCUUUACGUGAAUGCACCAAGUAGCAAUCUAAUCACCGAUAGUGACACGGUUGUAACCUACGUGCCGCCAUUGCCAAGCUUGGGAAUUGGUACCCAUCGACCAAUGGCUCUUUUAUAUGAGCUAAACGACCACAUAGACCCUGACCAAACGGAAUUGACGAAACUGUUGAAACAGAAAACUCGUGUAUUACAAUUGGAACAAUUCGUAAAGAAAUACAAUCUCAAAGCUGAGCCUGCAGCGGGGAAUUUCUUCACCACUUCAUUGUCGCGUUGCGGAGACGUUUAA